AUGGAUAUGGCCCGUGAAGGCAAUAAGCCUGAAGCGGCUCUAGAGGAAGCCGAAGGCGACACGAUUCCCGAAGAAACUAAGAUCUGCAGGAACUGCACUCGACCCAUUCCGUCGACGGCGCACGAGUUGCACGAGCUUCACUGCAGGCGAAACCUGAAGAAAUGCCCCCUGUGCGACGAGGCGAUCCCGACGUCACGGAUGGAGCGGCACGCGAGCGAGGACCACGCGAUCGUCCCAUGCCCCCGCUGCAAGGCCGAGUGCGAGAGGAGAGCGCUGGAGAAGCACCAGGAAGAGGAGUGCCCCGAGCGGCCCCGCGCCUGCAAGUACUGCGAGGAGGUGAUGCCCCUGUCCGGCCUGCCAGCUCAUACGAACGCCUGCGGCGCCAGGACGGAUGUCUGCCCCGACUGCGGCAAGUACGUCCAGCUGCAGCACUGGGAUCUUCAUAAGGAAUCUGCGCAUCCAUCGACUGCACCAUCGAGUCAGUUCUCGACGACCCGACUAUCUCGGCUAAAUUUCGGCCGUCUCGAAAUCGUGUCAUGCUUUCUGGCGAGCGAAUUCUCCAACUCAAUAUGUCUUACCGACGUGCAUGUUUGUGAUUCUAGGGGAAAAUGCCGGAAGCGAAGCGAAGGCUCCCUCCAUUCUUCCUUCGACCGGUCGGUUCAUCCACCCUUCCUUUCGCGUUUCGUCCUUCAUCUUUCCAGAGAGAGCUCAAGAGAACGACAUGCUUCUCGCUUUUCUGCAGGUCACCACAAAUCCAUACCAUCACAAAAUGAUGAAAUCCCUUGCGAGAAGUGCUGUCAAGUCUUCCCCGUUCACUCGAUCACCAGUCACGAGGUACCCUCUUCGGAUCACGAAACAGGUCGAGUUUGGAGUGAAUUGAAUAUUCCCCGCCGUUCCUCUCAGGCUGCCUGCGGGCUUCACCCCAUCGUCCCGUUCUUCCCUCCGACGCCCUCCCCGGGCCUUCGACCGACCGAGACUCCGCGCCUCUCCCCACACGGAGACGACAGGCUCCCUCCCGCUCCGUCGAACAGGCACAUCCCCGCCGCGAGCCCAAGAGCGAACCUUCCUCGAUCCUCCCCGAUCGAGGACGACCCCGAGCCAGUCGUCCGUCUGCCCUCGGACGUCCUGGCAGCCGCCGACGCGGAAACACCUGCUCCAGAGGUGAAAGAAGCUUCAGAGCACGACGAGGGUAGAGAGGAGCGUGCAGUCGAAGCAACGCACGAAAACGGGCAAGUUCCUCGAAAUGAACUCGAUGCAGCGACGCCUGAGGAAAUGCACCCCAAGAAAGCCCAAAUUGAAACCGUUCCCGGCCGAGCAAAGGUUGAGCCGACCGGCACGACAGGCGCCGACCUCGUCCGGUGCCAGCGAUGCUCGCGGCUGGUCGUGUCCGACAUGCGAGACCUGCACAAGAGGUAUUGCCCCGGGGUCGUCGCCGCUAACGACUCCCCUUCUCCUCGCCGACCUCGCUUGCCGGGUCCGAUGGUCAUCGAGAGGUUCAAGGAAUCCUGGAGUUGCCUAAAGGCCAAAGGGGAAAACGGAGAUGAGCGUCUAAAUGCGGCAGAAGAUGAGAGCAGCGCCACGCCGCGUCAGUCUGCUGCCAGCAAGUACCCGAAUCAGACUCUGGAUUCGCAGGAGGAACCCAUCUCGGAGAAACCGACCGGAGAGGACUCUCGGAUCAGCCCUCUCGCCCGUCUUCGAAUGAACUGGCAAAUGAAGGAAACGGAUCGGGAAUUCGGAGAUUUUCCCCCGCUUCGUCCACGCGAAGGUAGGAUCGUCCCCGCCGACGCUCGCAACCAUGUCGCCGCGGAUCGAGUGAAAAAGCGAACCCGAAAGAAUAGACGAACGGAAACGACCCUAAAACCUUCAGAUCCGAGCUCGGCCGUGCCGGUCGGAAGUUGGAACCACGCCUCAUAUGCCAUGAGCGCUUCAAAUGCCAUGAGCGCUUCAAAUGCCAGAUACUCCGAAGAACGCUUCCUUCGUGGUGGAGCAAGACCCAAAGUCUCCCAGGGACCUCCAAAUUAUCGCACUUCCAACAGGUUUGCCGUUCAGGAAAUGCUGGGAGAAGCGAAGACGGACGCCUUUGAACCCAUCUCGGAGAAACCGACCGGAGAGGACUCUCGGAUCAGCCCUCUCGCCCGUCUUCGAAUGAACUGGCAAAUGAAGGAAACGGAUCGGGAAUUCGGAGAUUUUCCCCCGCUUCGUCCACGCGAAGGUAGGAUCGUCCCCGCCGACGCUCGCAACCAUGUCGCCGCGGAUCGAGUGAAAAAGCGAACCCGAAAGAAUAGACGAACGGAAACGACCCUAAAACCUUCAGAUCCGAGCUCGGCCGUGCCGGUCGGAAGUUGGAACCACGCCUCAUAUGCCAUGAGCGCUUCAAAUGCCAUGAGCGCUUCAAAUGCCAGAUACUCCGAAGAACGCUUCCUUCGUGGUGGAGCAAGACCCAAAGUCUCCCAGGGACCUCCAAAUUAUCGCACUUCCAACAGGUUCAUUCAUCUCCAUUUCUCUUUCGUUGUCAUCAGAGCGGAGUGGAAUUACGGAAUCGUCAGGGUUGACAGGAUGCAGCUGUAUGAGGAGAGAGGAGAUGCAGGAUUCGUGGAGGACGAAGUCAUGAUUCCUUGCGAGUUCUGUUCAUUGGGAAUCCCCAUCGAAAACCUGAUGUCGCAUCAGUGCCGGCGGAAGAGGUGGCAGGACGCGAGGGUUCAGAGGAACAAGAGGCCGAAGAUGGAUCCAACACUCCUGAAAAACAGUUAAAAGUUAUCACUUUCGCCAUGCUGCGAGUUUGAACUUGGAAACUCCUCGUGGCGGAGUUGCUCCUAUGGUGGACGAUGGGGACGGAAUUCGUCGCGAGAGUGCAAGGAAUUAUUUCGUGGCUUCUGCGGUUCCGUGCAGGUUUGAAUGCUUGUCUCCGGCAAGAACGGACGCGGUGAAGUUCUACCGGCAGCUUGUCGGUCGCAAGUCCCCUCUGCCGAAACGGUGUGCGGCUGGGUCUCGUCGGAUUCCCUGGCCGAUUUCGAUGAACCUUUUUUCUUUUCUGGCGUGGAGUCAACUCUGGUUUGAUAUACGGAAUGGCUUCAGAAUCGGGAGGAAAUUAUAUUUUGCACGGAGUAAACCCCUCAAAAUGUGGAUUUUUACAUUCAAGUAUUUGACUAAAUUAAAUUUCUUUGAUAUUCAUGGGUUCAUUCGAAGCCGAUCCGAGUGCAAUGACGAUCGAUCGCCUGGCUCCAUCGAGUGUUCCAAUAAAUGACAUUUCCCAGCAGAAAUGAUAUUUUGUCAAAAUAAACAAUUGUUUGAAUCAUCUGAGGGAC